ACAGUCGAUGUCUUUCUCGUUUCAAACUUGGUGACUGCGCGUGAAAUUCGACGUUGCAACUUCAAUGUCGCGGAUAAAUCCAAACCGAGUCAUAGCGGAAUUAAGAUAGUGUAACUCUUUUUAUAGUCUAUUAACUACAAAAAGUCUCAAUCGGCUAGAUGAUUUCUUGACUUGAAAACAUUUACAAUCAGCUAAGCAACGAGUGAAGCUCUCUGAAGAAACGAGAAGAAAAAAGGAACAGAGCGAUCGUCGUGGGAAGAAGAGAUUAAAAACAGCAAAUUGAAUAUUAACCAAUCUUAAAAAGGGUCAAGGUACACUUAUAGCACAAGUAUCACUUAAAGACGAUGGUAUCGGAAGGACAGCAAAAGAAAUAUGAUGAAUAUAAGAGUACGCUGGAUGCGGACACGCUGGAAACGGCUAGAUUGGAACUCCGUGAGGAUGACAACACGAGAGACCAAGCGCUGAAGCAAUUUCGGCAUUGGAUCGAGAAACAUCCUACGAUUAAAAAAUGCAGGACCGAUUCGGUGUUCCUACUAAGAUUCCUUAGGACGAAGAAAUUCAGUUUGCCGAUGGCGCAGGAAAUGCUGGAACAGUAUCUCACUAUCAGGCAACUUUAUUCCAAUUGGUUCCAAAAUCUCGAUGUUGAUGAUCCGGAACUUACGGCCAUCAUCGAUAACGGUUAUUUAGUACCAAUGUUAAAGCGAGAUCAGCACGGCCGAAAAGUGAUAAUGUCAUGUGCAGGGCAUUUCGACCCUAGUAAAUUCUCAUCUGCACACAUGCUCCGGGUCCAUAGUAUGGUGGUGGAGACCUUAAUGGAUGAUGAGAAAAAUCAAGUCUACGGCUACACAUAUCUCAAUGACGAGGCGGGAUUGUCCAUGAGCCAUUUAAGCACGUUGUCUUUCAUGGACAUUCGUAAUAUACUGAGGUGCAUACAGAACAGUACACCGAUGCGUCACAAGGAGACGCAUAUAAUCAAUCUACCCAGCAGCGUAGCGAAGAUCCUCGAAUUCAGCAUGUCUUUGUUAAACGACAAGCUUAAGUCUCGCGUUAUGAUACAUAGGAACGUACAAGAGCUGAAAGAAGCAGUGGAUCCAAAGAUACUACCGAAGGAAUAUGGCGGGGAAAUCUCGCUUUCGGUAAUGAUCGACGAAUUUAAGAAGGAACUAAAACAGAAAAAAGAUGAACUCAAGGCUCUCGACGAUAUGUAUAUUGAAAUAUCGCCGAAAUAUUAUCAAGAGGCUAACGAAGAAUUAAGCGGAAUAUGCGGUUCGUUCCGAAAGUUAGAGGUCGACUAAGAGCAAUCUAUUUCUUUUCGAUUUUGCAACUUUACAUUGUCAGCACCUUAUUUAAAUAGUUAUUUUCAUAUUAUGUGAUUACACGUCGUAUUAAUGAACAAGUGUUUUACCAAAAAGAACCAUAGAAAUAUAUUAUUAUGACAGAGAUCGUGAACACGUAAACGUAUAUAUGUACAAGCGAUUUAUACAUCAAUAAUUGUUACCUGGUUUUAACUACAUAAUUAUCUUUUUAUUCUUAGAUAUGUUUUCCUCUGAAUCGGUUUAUGAUAUAAACAACAAAAAAUAAAAUUAAUUAGGUAAUAUCAAGUAACAUCUUGGUAUAAUUUGUAUAUGAAAUGUACGAAAAUUUACUUUGAUAUAAUAAUACCUCGAAAUAUUGUGUGUGUGUGUGUAUAGUACUCGUUUAUAGCUUAUAUGUACAUAAGUUUUCUUUGUAACAGUUAAGAUUUCGUAACGCAUACGAGUUAAUGCUCGUUUCGCCGGUGGUACCAAGUUACCUAUGAUCUAUAAGUCAUUAUCUUGAUUACUUAAAGAUUGUAAAUUGUGGUUUGAUGCUCUUGAGCUCACACUUUAUUGAUCUAUCAGGUUUCAGGAUAGAAACUUUUAUGUUGUAUGUUGUGUAUUUUAUUAUAUAUUCUGAUUUUUCUUCGGUUAUUUCUCUGACAUGGAGAUUGUAGAUCAUCUAAAUUGGUCUUUAACGUUUCUCGUCAUUAAAAGACACAUACUGAAAAAAUACCUUUUUGGUAUUUGUAACUAUAAUUACAUAUUAUUAUAAUUAUGAUUAUGACUACCCAUAUACAUACUACCCAUAUACUGGUUGAUUGGUAGAACUAUACAUUAGAGCUGUUGUUAUUUUAAUAACUUUUGAAAUUUGACAUCGGAAUACUCCCUAAAAUGGUUCAAUAUCUCAAAAAAAUAAACCAGAAUUUUUUCAGAUUUUUUGAACAAUAUUAACCCAUGCCACUGGGACACAGUAGGCGGAAAAGCACCUUGAGAGGUGUCCCAAUCAAAUUUCAAAAAUUAUUAAAAUGACCAUCCUAAUAUACA